AAGGAAAGCUCGCCUCGGCCCCGCCCGGUUCUUUGCUCGUUUCAGGAGACCCAAUACUAACGUGGGUUGAGUUGCGUCAUUUUCCCUAGCAACUCCGGGUUUGCUCCGCUUUCCAGAGUACGGUAGCAGUUUCCGGCGAUAGCGUCUAAGCUGGCGUUGGGUGCAGGUGUCUGAGGAGUUUUGAGCUGCAGUUUCAGGAUGUGGUGCGCGAGCCCAGCCGCAAUGGUGGCCUUUUGCGCCUGGCUUUGGGUCUCUAACCUGGUGCCGACGCAGGGCCAGGAGACCGCGGGGCGCUCGGGGGCCGACUGUGAAGUAUGUGAAGAAUUCUUGAACCGGUUCUACAACUCAUUGAUAGCCAGAGGAAUUAACUUUUCUUUGGACACCAUAGAAAAAGAAUUGAUCAGCUUUUGCUUGGGCGUCAAAGGAAAAGAAAACCGCCUGUGCUAUUAUCUAGGAGCAACCAAAGAUGCAGCCACAAAGAUCCUAAGUGAGGUCACCCGCCCAAUGAGUGUGCACAUGCCUGCAAUGAAGAUUUGUGAGAAGCUCAGGAAGAUGGACAGCCAAAUCUGUGAGCUGAAAUAUGAAAAGAAGUUAGACUUAGCAUCGGUAGACCUGUGGAAGAUGAGAGUGGCAGAGCUGAAACAGAUACUGUACAGCUGGGGAGAAGAGUGCCGCGCCUGCGCGGAGAAAGCCGACUACGUGAAUCUGAUCAAAGAACUGGCGCCAAGUACGCAGCAAGGCACCGCAAACCAGAGGCUCUGACCCUCCGACGCUGGUGCUUCAGGGACUGUAAUUAGACACAGAAUGACUGUCUAGGAUAUGGGCGUGUUGGUUAAGGGUAGCUGGGCAUGCACUGUGCGUGAUCUUUAAAAUUUUGUUUUGAUAGUACACUUUGGUACUGGUUGCUUAGGUUUGUAAGUAAAACUGUUAAUAUUAGUGAUAUCUUACAUUUUCACUGUACCAAAACUUACAAGUGCCUUUCUCAUAAUUUUCUUGUAAGGACUGGGUAAAUGAUCAUUGGCUACCUCCUAAAACUGGGAAAAGUGAACUACUGAAAAAUGGAUUGAGUAAACUGAUUCCAAGAAGGAGAGUGCUCACAGGCCCCUCUUUGUGCACUAAUACUUCAUUAAAUAGAUUGGAUUAGGACAAAAGGAACAAUGUUUGGCUUAUUAACUCCUGGCAUAAAACCUUAGGAGUGGCUUGAUCAAAAGUGUUUUUUAUUUUAAAGUAAACUGUUUUCAACUGCAAAUCACUCUACUUUCUAGCUCUUUUUGGUAUCAGAAAUGGGAGAGCAGGAGGUACUACUUGAAACUAGUGUCUUCCAUAAGAAGAAAACCUGUUUAAAACCUAUUUAAACAUACUUAAAGAAAAUAGAUGAAGAAUCCACUCAAGUAUAGCCAAUGUUUUAACCGAUUGUAUCAAUACUCACAAUGCUAAGUGAGCAAAGCUCAAGGUUUUUGCAUGCCUUUUUAUCACACAGUAGAUAUGUUUUUGAUAGAAGAUUAACACACAUUAAGGGCUCAGACAGACAACAUGGAGUUUUAUGGUUCCUAGUGCUGUCUUAUCAGCUUUCAACUGUAAAAUCAUUUUUGGCUCCAUUUUCUGGCCAAAUACAAAUAAGACCACACUGUAGAAGUGGCUGCCUCUGAGUGGCAAGUGGAAAUGGGAAUGAAAGCUCGAGGGCACUUUCUGGGGGUGAUGGGACCUCCUAUAUCUUGAUGGUGGUUACACAGGUGAGUAAUGUCAAACUUAUCUGUUAGUACAAUGAAGAUCUGGGUAUUGUAUGUAAAUUAUAUCUAAAAUGCUGCUGUAGAAAAAUUAUUUGAAAAUUAACAAAAAUUAAUUGAUUAAAAACUUCUUACGUAUUCAGAGAAUUGCAAUUAUUGACUAGGUGUCCUUUUGGGGAGUGGAGGAGAAAUUUUCCAGACUGAAAGUAUAUGUUGGAAGUGUUAUUGUAAUUUUAAAAUGCCACCCAUGCAAACAAAAUUUCAGUUGAGUAGUUGGGAAUGUAACCAGAUUUGUAAGAGAAUCAGUGGUUAGUAACUUUAAAAUGAGAAUAAAAAAGCUUUGGUGUAAUAAAUAGCCAAAAGGGUUAUUGGUUUUAGAUUUUGGCAGCUUUGUCAUUAUGUGUCAAGCACCCUACUUAAUUAUGAAUCGUAUCUUUAAAAUGCCUAAAUUUAGGUUUUUAUAUUUGUUUGUUUUGCCUUUUAUAAACUUAUGCUUGUUUUUCUUUAAUGCACUUUGAACCGUUGAGAAAGUUGUCAUUUGAAAAUAGUAUGUUUGAUGUCUAACCUCAAAAUCAGGUCAUAUUUCUCAGUGUGUUUUUUUUUCUUUUUUUUUUUCAGAAUAUAAAUCUAGGCAAUAAGAACACUAUCCAGCAGGUCAUUGAAAUUCA